AUGAUAGAAGAUGACUACAAAUCACGCAUAUCUGAGUUAACGCGUCGUAACGAAGCGCUCACCGACGAAAAUAAACGUUUGAAGGGCGAUUUAAACGGUACAAAAGAUAAAUUGAGAGAUUUGGAAAAUCAACACAACAAUGUGCUGCGACAAAUUGAAGAAAAAGAUUUUGCAAUCAAGAACUUGGAUAGCACUCGUAAUGAUCUGAUGAGAGAUCUCGAGAAUCAACGAGCUCGUUACGAUAUGGUGAGCAGUGAGCUGGAUAAACUGCAGACUACCUAUACAACGACCAGUAAGAACACGGUGGCUAUAGAGAUGAGUGUUAAGGAGAUCAAGCAACAACGUGAUGAUAUCAGCAAGGAGCGCGAUGAUCUGGCUCACCAACUGACUGACCUUCAACACAAAAUUGGUGAUGAAAUGAAAAGAAAAGAGGCGUUGGAGAAGGCUGAUAAACAGCGCGCUGUUGAGAUCGAAAAGAUGACUGUUCAAAUCACGGAAUACGAGAGCGAGCUGAUGAUCAUGAGACGACACAAUGACGAGUUGGAUACACAACUCAAAACCAGUCAUGCCAGAAUCACCACGUUAGAGAACUCGCUAGCGUCCGCUCAGAAGGAGAUUGAUAAGCAGAAAGAGCUGAAUAUGAAACUCCAAAAGGAGAAGAACGAGAUCAUGAAUCUGAAGCAGAAGAGUGACGCAGAUCUGGAUCAGCUCAGAGAG